AUGAUUCAAAAAAAACAAAUUCGAAUAGUUGCAGUAGCUAGUGUGGCUCUAUUCAUCAUCACCUUGUCUUUGGUCAAUGUAGUAAAGAGUAUCCAAAUGCCUACACUAGCGGAUCUGGUGUCGCAAAACGAGUAUAAAAAUCGAGACAUGAACAAGGAUGUCCAUGCGAACAAACUAAAAGAACUAUUCUACACUGACAAUGACUUUUACGAUGACUCUGGUGAUAAGAAUAUUUUCCAAGGACAUGUUGACACGCUGGAUGACUAUGAUUCAAAAAACAAGCAUGCUGUCAAGAAACAAGAGAGUUACAGGCACAAUGAAUCUGAUGUGCUCAAUCACCUCAAUGAUCAUCUAGUAAAAGAUACUGACGAGUCCAAGGUCGAUACGAGCCACCAUUUUCCAUUGGCAGGCCAGCACAAAAAACUUGUUCAAACUCCAACUGAAUAUGUUGAUACUCUCGAGAAACCAAAUCAACCUACCGAGUCAUCCAGAAAUCCUUUACUUGACCAAAAUCAGCAACCGGACGCAGUCAAGAGCGAAUUGCAAAACAAAGAUCAACCACUCGAAAAACCUACUUGA